UUUUGAAUUAAUUUUUAACAUUAAAAUUAUAAAACUGUAGAUUAAUCAAGCUAACAAAUUCAACUACUCUAUAAGAAAAAAUGUUCAAAAAAAACGGACGUAAGUAUAUUAUUUUCUCUCUCAAACCUAGUAUUUAAUAUAUGAUCCCCAAAACAUGAGACUCUUUCUAUUUCUGGAAUGCAGAAACGAUGCAGUAAAUUCACACCAACGGACCGAAUAGUCGAUUGAUCGCGCCACGUGGCGAAACCGGAGGGUAUCGAGCUCUUCAAAGAGUUUCCGGUUUAUGACAUCAUGUCGUGCGUACUUGAGAGAUGCAAGCGCACGAUAAGGUCUCUCUUCGGUUCUGUGAAAGACUCAUCUUUUUCCUUUUCCCCAGCGUUUUGUCGUUAAACGUUUCGUUGCUUUAAAUUGAUUAUUAUUAUUAUUAUUAUUUCUUUAAUAAUCAAUUGAUUAUCAUUACUAUUUCUGUAACUUGGUUAUUAUUCUAAUGGUGAUGUACACAAAUAAAGGAAAGAGAAAAAAAAAAAAAUCCUUUUUAUCAUCUCCUUUCCAUGAUGGGAACGCUUGACCUUUAAGUUUUUUUUUUUUGAGACUGUAAGUGUCCAAAGGAACUCGAAAAACUUCUCCUUCCAUUAGAUUUUCUGUGGCCGGAAUGAAAAAUAUCUCUUGUUUGAUUACCCAUUUAUGCAUUUCGAGAAUAUUUUUUUGUUGACUCAUCUCUCAACUUCGUCAUCAAUUCCUCUGCUUUUCGAUUGAGUCUUUGGAAUAUUUCGAAAUGAUGAAGAAAUUAUUCUGUUUGUGGAUGUGUUUCAGUGAGCAAACGUUAUUGGAUCUAUAAUUGAAGAGGGAUAGAGAGAUGAUGAGUUCUUCUUCUCCAACUCAACUUGCGUCUUUAAGAGACAUGGGAAUCUAUGAGCCAUUUCAACAACUUGUCUCUUGGGGAAAUGUUUUCAAAUCCGAUAUCAUCGAUCACAGUCCUAAUACUGCUUCUUCCUCAAUCAUUCAAGUGGAUGCUAUCAUUGAUGAUCACAACAACAACAACAACAUCAUCAAGAUGAAUUACGCUACUUCGCAUAACCAGAUCGAAGCAGAACCUUCUAGUACUGAUCAUCAGGAUGACGAUGGCAGGAUUCAUGAUAAUAAUAAGACGAAACGGCGUUUAGCACAGAACAGAGAAGCUGCUCGCAAAAGUCGUUUGAGAAAGAAGGCUUACGUUCAACAGUUGGAAGAAAGUCGGUUAAAGUUAUCUCAGUUAGAGCAAGAACUCGAAAAGGCUAAGCAGCAGGGAUUACGCGGACGAAACUCGUCGGAUUCAAGCUAUUUAGGAGCAUCAGGGAGCAUAAACACAGGGAUUGCUGCAUUUGAGAUGGAAUAUUCGCAUUGGCUCGAAGAACAAAGCAGGAGAAUUAGCGAAAUACGAACGGCGCUUCAAGCUCAUAUAAGCGACGUAGAGCUCAGGAUGCUUGUGGAGAGCUGCUUGAACCAUUACGCGAACCUCUUUCGGAUGAAGUCUGAUGCAGCGAGAGCCGAUGUUUUCUACUUGAUAUCCGGAAUGUGGCGAACUUCCACUGAAAGAUUCUUCCAAUGGAUCGGAGGGUUUCGUCCUUCCGAGCUUUUAAACGUUGUGAUGCCUUAUCUUCAGCCAUUAACGGACCAGCAAAUCUUGGAAGUGAGAAACCUCCAACAAUCAUCACAACAAGCAGAGGAUGCUCUGUCUCAAGGGAUCGAUAAACUUCAACAGAGUUUAGCAGAAAGCAUUGUGAUCGAUGUGAUUAUCGAGUCCACUGAGUUCCCUCCUCACAUGGCUGCAGCGAUAGAGAAUCUUCAAGCGUUGGAAGGGUUCGUGAAUCAAGCGGAUCAUCUGAGGCAGCAAACGUUGCAGCAAAUGGCGAAGAUCUUGACGACAAGACAAGCGGCUAGAGGUUUGCUUGCUUUGGGAGAGUAUCUUCAUAGGCUUCGUGCUCUUAGUUCUCUAUGGGCAGCUCGUCCACGAGAACCCACUUAAAGGAUAACAAAGAGACAGAGACUCGAAGUUUUAAAAAGCAGACUCAAGCUUGGGAAAAUGAUGGAUAUGUUAUAGGAUCUUUGCUAAGUAGAGUGAUGCUGUUGAUUAGAGAACUUUAUGAAGUAUCUCGCUCCAUAUAUAUUUCAAACAAGAAGAUGUAAAUUUGGGUGGAAAACUUUGUAAUAUAUUGUUUAGAUACAAAAUAAGCCUCUCUCUCUGCUCACAUUAGUGUAAUGUUUUUGAAAUUUGAGCAAUGUGAUAAUAUGUGUGCCGAAUCUAAAAUUUGAGGUAUGUUCAGGGGCUAUAAUGUAAAAGGGUAUUAUUGUAAUUAAC